AUGGAGAAGUACGAAGAUCUAGAUCGCUAUCAGGACAUCCUCGGCCAGCUACCAAUGCUACAAUGCUACUCCCAUAUCCUUUACAUGUUCCCCAUGCCCGAGGGUGCCACCAGGGAAGAAGUCAUCUGCGAUCUGGAGGAAGCGGUCACAAAAGUUAGGGACAAAGUGCCUUGGAUGGGGUCCCGGGUCAUUAAUGUAGGCAAGAAGCCAGGCAAUUCUUGCCUUUACCGAGUGCUUGCAUGUCCUCGCCCAGAAAACCCCAUAGACGUCGAAGAGGUAUCGAACGCACUACCGCCAUACGCCAUAAUCAAGGAACGAAAAGCGCCAAUAUCCGUGAUAGACUCUGAACUGCUGACUCCAGUCUCUGCUUUUCCGCAAAUGUUUGAGGACUCGGACGAGGACCCAGCGCACGUUGUCCGGCUCCAGGCUAGCUUUAUCGAAGGAGGCUUGAUUUUGGAUUUUGCACUUCAGCACAACAUGGGUGAUGCCGGCGGUCACUUUGGAUUUGUAAAGCUCGUGGCCAUGGCAAUGCGCGGGGAGGAGUUUCCGGACUCCCUCCUCGAACAAGCGAAUCGAGAUCGAAGGAACCUUUUCCCUCUGCUUAGCCCGGACGAGCCUAUGUUGGAUCACAGCCACCACAAACGCCCUCCCGUUGCAGCCGACGCUCCCCUCGUUCGACCCGAACCUGCAAGGUAUCAUAUCCUUCGCUUCACAGCCGCGAAGACGGGCAAACUCAAAGAGCUUGCGAGCUCACCCGAGGGCCUCGACCCGGACGUGCCAUUCAUCUCGACGGACGAUGCCCUGAGCGCCUUUUUCUGGCAGCGGUACACCACGGUCCGUUCGCACCGUUUUCCGCCCGAGACCAAGUCCCGAUUCUCUCGCGCCAUCGAUGGCCGGAGGCUUGUUGGAGUUGCACCCGAUUACAUGGGCGACGUGAUACACAACGCCUCGACCUGGCUGUCGUUCCAGGAGCUCACCGAGUCACCCCUUCCCACCAUCGCUUCGCACCUGCGUGAGCGCCUGAACGGAACCAGCUCGGCGUACCACGUCCGCAGUUUUGCCACGUUCAUCGCCAGAGAAGCCGACAAGUCGACCAUCACGUACGGCGGGCCGUUGAAUCCCGAUACGGAUGUCGGAUGCUCGUCUGUUCGCGGUCGUACCGACUUGUAUCCGGGGUUUGGCACGCUGGGCAAGCCGGACUUUAUCAGGCGGCCGCCAACCGUCCCCUUUCCGAGCCUGGUUGUGUUCUUCUCUGGGGACUCGGGCGCAUAUUGCGAUGCCUCAGCCUGCUUGUCUGACGCGGACUUGGAAGCACUGAAUGCUGACCCAGAGUGGAAUAAGUAUGUUGAAUAUAUUGGUUGA